ACAAACAGUUUCGUUCGAGACUUUCUCGUCAUCGGAGUGUUGUGCUUUUUGUCGCAAAAGUGGAAAAAGAAUUUUCCUUACGUGCACUGGGAAAACCCCGUAAUUUUCACCUGCUGUUCCGUGUAGUAGCAUGUAGCAUCGCCAUCAGACAGCGUGGAAAGUCAUGGCCCACCGUUCGCGAGAGGACAGUUUUUCAACAACGCCCGGUCAGCAGAGGAAGCUUCGCUUCCGUGGUGAUCUGGCACUGCAAUACGGUUUCGCUGGAAUGGAAGGGACGGCUCCGGCCAGUCCCGGCGCUGGUUUGAAUCGCAUUGAAGACAUCAUCUUCCAGGAUGAAGUUGAUUCCCGGAGGGGCACUUCCCGGAACGGUGAAAUUGGAGGUUCGCCAGCUGGCGACGGCAAAGAGAGUUCGAAUCACAACAGUUUGUACGACUUCAUCCGGAUCGAGCUGACUCGUGGCUACGUCCUGGAACAUGACGAGGAACGGUAUUCGGCUCGCCGCGAAAAGAUUUACUCAUUCAUGAAGAUUCCCCGGGAACUGGAGAGUUUCAUGGCGUACGGAGUGCUGCAGUGUGCUGAUUCGUUUCUCUACAUGUACACGUUUCUUCCGUUGCGGUUUAUUCUGGCACUGUGGGCGCUGGUUUCGAGGCCGGUUGCCAGGUGUUUGGGAUUUAGGCGGCCGAGUCAGCGUUUGUUGGCUCCGGCGGAGAUCUGUGAUCUUCUGAAGGGGUUGAUUUGGGUCAUUUGCAGCUGGGCGAUGUUCUACGUGGAUACGAACAUGUUGUACCAUCUGAUAAAGAGUCAGAGUAUCAUCAAGCUGUACAUAUUCUACAACAUGUUGGAGGUGGGCGAUCGACUUCUGUCGGCCUUUGGACAGGACACGAUCGAUGCUUUAUUCUGGACUGCUACAGAGCCGAAGGAUAGCAAGAAGCAGCACUUGGGGACGAUUCCGCACUUCCUGUUUGCUCUGAUCUACGUGACGAUCCACAGUGCCUUGGUGAUGUUCCAAGCCACAUCGCUGAAUGUGGCUAUCAAUUCAAACAACAAGGGACUGCUCACGAUUAUGAUGUCCAACAAUUUUGUGGAGUUAAAAGGUAGUGUGUUCAAGAAGUUCGACAAGAAUAACCUUUUCCAGCUCAGCUGUAGCGACGUUCGAGAGCGAUUCCACCUGACAAUCCUAAUGCUGAUUGUAUUGAUACAAACCAUGAAGGAGUUCAGCUGGAAGUCGGAACAGUUCUUCGUGAUGAUCCCGGACUGUAUGUAUGUAAUGUUGACGGAGCUUUUCGUCGAUUGGAUAAAGCAUGCUUUCAUCACACGAUUCAACGAAAUCCCGGUCGACGUUUAUCGGGAGUACACGACAAGUUUGGCCUACGACAUGACCCAAACCCGCCAAAAGCAUGCCUUUUCGGACCACUCGGACCUAGUUGCGAGACGAAUGGGUUUUAUCCCAUUUCCACUUGGUGUAAUCCUCGUUAAAGCCCUCUAUCAUGCUCUCUCAUUCGAUAACGCAGCUUCCAUCGCCCUAUUCAUCAUAGCUUAUUUGGUUCUCCUUUCGUGUCGAGUGUUGAACACAGUAUGUACCCUUGGCAAAGCUUGCGACCUGAUGCAAAAGCACCAGGACGAAAAGAACCAAAGUGCCCAGCACAGUAACGGACCCGCCACAUCCACUCCCGUUCAGCAAGCCCGAAGUGCCAGCAAGCUUACCACGGACAUUGCCACCUCUCCAAUCCACCAUCCAAACCACCACCUACAUCGAUCACAAACCAUGGAAUCGGUUCCACACAGCCAAAUCCCUCAGAUAAAUAUCUCCGAGCAGCAGUCGGACAGCGUGAUCAGGGAGACUUCCUCCCUCGGCGCAACGGCCUUGUUCUCCAACAGCGACGUCGACCUGGACGAUGUCAAGCUGAACGACAAAGUGCUCAAUCAGUGCUCUCAGGACGCGGAGGACCGCAAAGAGGAGGAAAACCUGGCCCGCAGUGUGCCCGAUCUUCAGCAGGAAUCUGCUGCGGCCGGGUGCAGUCCGUCGGUGGGCGAUGGAUCUUCAGGAGGCGAAGGAGACAGUUUUUCGUCGUACCAGGGAUUGCACCACCGAACGCACAAACGGUCCGAGUCGGAACCCUCGAUUCAGCUGGAUCCGGAUCUGAGGGGCGGCACUUGAGAGGGGCUGUGUUUCUUUCUGUUUAGUUUGUGAGUAAUUCGUACGUGUUACACUUAAAGUUACAAUCGUCUGAUGGCACCAAAGGCUGGCUUAUUCGAGAGCUUUACAUUAAUCUGCUGAAACUUAAAUUAGGACUUACGAGAAUUUAGUAUAUUGUGCUGUUUUUAGAAUCUGCCCUGACUACAGUGGAAAUUAUAUUCGUUGAAGCGCCGAUUAGGAGUAAGGAGUGGAUUUUAUUUUGUUUUUGCUAGUUUUUGUAAAUAAUAAAAUCGAAUUAUUCCCUAUGUGGAAUGUCUGUAA